UCAUCGUCUGCUCUGGGUGGGCUGCCUCGGAGAGCCCCCAGACCACACGGUUGUCUACAUGGGCUUGCUUAGCCCUGUGCUUCCUCAGGUGGAGAGGGUCAUUUUUCAAAAUGUUUUUGGCCUCAAAGACUGUGGAAACAGCAUUUGGGCAGGCUGAAGAUAUUAUCAGGAGGUCUCAUGGGACCAGACCCAGGCCCAGUCCCCCUGCUUGCUAUCCAGAGAGCUGGGCUGGGCCGCCUCAGCACCAGUAGCCCUCAGCCAUUGCAUUUGUUCUGGGCACCAGGGGACAGCACAGCCCGAUGGGAUGAGGGGAUUGGGUCGUGGGUGUGCCUGCCGGGGCCCUUUGCUCCUGUGUGGUGCCCCUCCCUUCCUGCUGUGGGCCUCUCUGGGAUCACUUGCCCUCCCUGUGCCUACCCCCCAGUUAGGCCCCUCUGUCCACACUCCUGGCCAAGCCUCCCCUAUCUGCUGAUGUGUGCGUGCGUGCGUGCGUGCGUGUGAGUGAUUUGUGAAGUUCCAUUCUGAUUACGUGCUCCAGGUGAUCUUGGCAGGGCUCCUCGAGACAGUCCAGGCUUCACAGCUCUGUCCCCAUGGGGCAGAGUGUGGGCAGCUCUUGCCCUGGCCACCACCUUGCAGGGGGACAGCUGGGGGCUCUAUUCCCUACCAGUCUGCAGGAUGCGCAGGCGUGAUGUGUGCAGACACAGAUUUUCCGGAGUCGUGGCACUAUUCAAAGGCUCACCAGUGAGCAGAGGCACCUGCUGGCCCUCAGCUUGGGGCCGCCUGCCUGGCCCUGAGGCCCAGAAACAGUGUCCCUGUCCUGGGUGCUGGUAGCCAGUGGUGAUGGGAGCGGAGUGGUCAGUGGCGGGUCCUGUGGGCUGAGUAGGGGAUGGCCGGCCCUAAGGCCAGCCUGUCAGCUGGGAGAGGAAGCGUGUCUCCACAGCAGCUGUGUUUUUGCUGAUCCAGACUCGCUGCCUUCGAACUCUUCAAAUCAUAUGCAACAUGACUGAGGAGAGAAGUAAAAUUGUCAGGAGCAUUUGUGUUUACGUGGCUUUGCUUUAUGACAGAUGCCUGCCCUCCAGGACCCCCACUGUGGGUCCAGCCCCUGGCCAGCAGGAACCCCAGGGCUUUCUGUUGCCCAGGAAGUCAGAGAACACGCCCACCUGCCUCAAACCCAGGCACAGCCUUUCACAGACACUUCCUCUCCAAGGGCCCCUGGGCCACACCUCACCCCGGGGCUGGCCCCUCACCGCUCCAGGGAGGGGCCCGGGAAGUCUGUGCUGCACCCCACCUUAAUUCAGCCCCGUCCCUGAAGCUCUCACCACGUGCUGGAUACAGCUUAGGGGCCCAAAACUGAGCAGAAAUUGGAAAAAUGACGGGGGAGCGAUACUCUCUCCACAGGUAUGGCCCCGCCCUCCGUAUCCCGGGGCUGAUUGGCAGUCAGCUGAGGGCUGGUCAAGGGGCGGGGUGCGCCGGGAUGGGCCUCUGAUCAGCUUGCUAGGGCCGGACGGAGCAGUGAGCGCAUCCUGGACCGGGCCCUGGCCACCGUUCCGUCGUGCCACCCACCCCCCGCCAGCCAUGCACGGCCUUGGCCUGGGGCUGCUCGGCAUGCUGUGGCUGCAGGUGGUCACCCCCAGUGACCCCCUGCCCCACGUGGAGCAGUAUGAGGUGGUGUGGCCCCGGCGCCUGCCAGGAGCCCGUGCCCGCAGAGCCCUGCCCUCCCACUCGGGACUGUACCCCGACAGUGUGAGCUAUGUCCUUGAGGCCCGAGGACACACUUUUACCCUGCAUCUGCGGAAGAACAGGGACUUGGUGGGCUCAGGCUACACGGAGACUUAUACGGCGGCCGAUGGCUCCCAGGUGAUAGAGCCACUACCGAGGCAGGACCACUGCUUCUACCAGGGCCACGUGGAGGGGCAGGAGCACUCGGCCGCCAGCCUCAGCACCUGUGUUGGCCUCAGGGGCUUCUUCCGGGCCGGCUCAGCUGUCCACCUGAUUGAGCCCCUUGGUGGGAGUGAUGAAGAAGGGCAGCAUGCGCUGUACCAGGCGGAGCACCUGCAGCAGAAGGCCGGGACCUGUGGGGUCAGCGACCACAGCCUGGAUGAGGUCCUGGGGCCUAGGAUCUCAGCAGCCUUCAGGCCCCCGAACUGGCCGCUACCCCGAGAGACCCGCUAUGUGGAGUUGUUUGUGGUUGUGGACAGCAUGGAGUUCCGGCUGUUGGGGAGCAGAGAAGCUGUGCACAAGAGAGUGCUGGAGGUGGUGAACCACGUGGACAAGCUUUAUCAGGAGCUCAAUUUCCGCGUGGUCCUGGUGGGUCUGGAGGUCUGGAACAGUGGGGACAAAAUCCAUGUCAGCUCCCAUGCCAACAUCACGCUGGAGAACUUCCUGGCCUGGCGGGCGCAGAGCCUGGCAGGGCGGCACCCACAUGACAACACACAGCUUAUCACUGGCAUUGACUUCACCGGGACCACCGUGGGCCUGGCCAGGGUGUCCUCCAUGUGUUCCUGGGACUCAGGGGCUGUGAACCAGGACCACCACCACCACCCAGUCGGUGUGGCAUCCACCAUAGCCCACGAGAUGGGCCACAACCUGGGCAUGGACCACGACGAGAACGUCCAAGGCUGCUACUGCCCGGUGCCGCGGGAGGGCGGUGGCUGCGUCAUGGCGGCCAGCAUCGGCUCCCAGUUCCCCAGGAUGUUCAGCCAUUGCAGCCGGGCCGACCUGGAGGUGUUCGUGGAGAAGCCCCACACGGCCUGCCUGGUGAAUGCCCCAGACCCUGACCGGCUGUUGGGCGGCCCCGUGUGCGGGAACCUGUUCGUGGAGCGGGGCGAGCAGUGUGACUGUGGCCCACCCCAGGACUGCCAGAACCACUGCUGCAACGCCACCACCUGCCAGCUGGCUGUGGGGGCUGAGUGCGCCCAGGGUGCUUGCUGCCAGGAGUGCAGGGUGAAGCCAGCUGGGGAGCUGUGCCGCCCCACGAGGGACAGGUGUGACCUCGAGGAAUACUGUGACGGCCAGGCGCCAGGGUGCCCAGAGGACGCCUUUCAGGAGAACGGCACGCCCUGUCCAGGGGGCUACUGCUAUGAUGGGAGCUGCCCCACACUGGCCCAGAGGUGCCGGGACCUGUGGGGGCCAGGCGCCCGGGUCGCUGCAGAGGAGUGCUACACCUACGGCAUCCUGCCAGGUUGCAGGGGCAGGAGCCCCCUGGGUUCUGGAAGGGCCCACACAUGUGGAGUCCUGUUCUGCGAGGGUGGGUGGAAGCCCCCGGAGCGGACCUCCUGCACACGCUCAUCCCACCUGGCAUCCUGCCAGGCACUUGGCAGGGUGCGCAGCACCCAGUAUGAGCCGGUGCCUGAAGGCACCAAGUGCGGUGAGGAGAAGGUUUGCUGGAAAGGACACUGCCAGGACCUGCAAGUUUACAGAGCCAGAAACUGCUCCGCUCAGUGCGGCAACCACGGGGUGUGCAACCACAAGAGGGAGUGCCACUGCCAGCCAGGCUGGGCCCCACCCCACUGCAUAGAGCUGCUGUCACACAAACGGCCAGCGUCCAGGAGACGCCCUGUGGCCGUGCUGGUGGCUGUGCUGCUCCUGGUGGCCCUGGUGCUCACCCUGGCAGGCGUGGUCAUCUACCUCAAGGCUUGGCGACGCAUGCGCUGGAGGAGCUCAACGCCCAAGACCGCUGUGGGACUCUCCAACCCCCUGUUCCAGGAGGGGCACCACUCGACAGCCAAGGGCGGGGCUCUGGCCCCCACUGCAGGACCCCUGGAGCCAGUCCCUACCACCCACCCCAGCCAGUGCCCCCGGCCCGGGGGUUCUGUGGUGACCACAGAACGGCCACCCCCAGCUCCUCCAGCCUCCAUGUCCAGGCCGCCCUCCAUCCCCGUCUACACCCAGCAGACCCCAAGCCAGGUCCUGACUGUUCCUUCUCCGUCCCGCCAGCUCAGACCUGUCCCUCCUGCCAAACCCCUCCCGGUGCUGAAGCCCAAGCAGGUGGUCAGGAGGCCCACCUCCACACCUCCAGUGCCACCCGUCAAGUCUGGGGCUGCAGGAGCCAAGCCCGGACCCACCCAGGGAGUUGGCCCAAAGGUUGCUCUGAAACCCCCGGUCCAGAGGAGCUGAUGGCUGAGCUCCCACCCACCGGGGGCAUGUGCACCUGUCCGCCUGAUUGUAAGAAGAACCACGGAGCCCUGGGCCUUGGCCCCCAGCCAGAAGCCCAAAGGGAGGAGCUGGCCCUCCAACCCGGCUCCCUGCCCCUUGCGCCCCCAC